UUGCAUGUAAUUCUAUAACAGAAUAUGUUAAAUGCUAAGAACCUGUGAAAUAGAUAUAUCAUUUCCUAUCAGGGAAUCACCUAGGUGCACUGCCAGUUGCCAGUAUCUUGCUAUAUCACAGCACAGCAACCACUCCAAAAUUUAGCAUUCCUUUGUCUUGUGACUCACCCAUUUAAAGAAUUUCUUGGGUUGCAGGCUGCACUUGGUCAACUUCUGAGUUUGUUUUUAUUGACAACCUGCACAAACAAAGCCUUGGUAGCAAUUAAUGAUGAUCAAAUACAAAUUGCAAUAUUUGUUCAAGAUGCUUGUUUGAAUGGAUAAAAAGAAGCAAGCUUCUGUAGUUAUUGACUGCUAUUGUGGUGCCUAAGCUUUGAGGUCCCAAGUUUAUAUCACAUCCGUGCAAAUAAUAUAUCAAGAUGCCUCGUGUCUUCAUCAAGGGAGGAAUAUGGAGGAAUACAGAGGACGAGAUCCUGAAGGCGGCCGUCAUGAAGUACGGCAAAAACCAGUGGUCGCGGAUCGCCUCGCUGCUGCACCGCAAGUCGGCCAAACAGUGCAAGGCGCGCUGGUACGAGUGGCUCGACCCGAGCAUCAAGAAGACAGAGUGGAGCCGUGAGGAGGACGAGCGGCUUCUCCACUUGGCCAAGCUGAUGCCCACCCAGUGGCGCACGAUCGCGCCCAUCAUCGGCCGCACGGCCGCCCAGUGCCUGGAGCGAUACGAACUGCUGCUUGACCAGGCGCAGAAGAAGGAGGACCUGGAUGAGGCUGACGACCCGCGGAAGCUGAAGCCGGGCGAGAUCGACCCCAACCCGGAGACGAAGCCGGCCCGGCCCGAUCCGCAGGACAUGGACGAGGACGAGCUGGAGAUGCUGUCGGAGGCGCGCGCUCGUCUCGCCAACACACAGGGUAAAAAGGCCAAGCGGAAGGCGCGCGAGAAACAACUAGAGGAGGCGCGUCGGCUCGCCUCGCUGCAGAAACGGCGCGAACUGUACGCUGCCGGCAUUGAGAUCAAUCCGCGCAUCAAGAAAAAGAAGCGUGGUAUCGACUAUAACGCCGAGAUUCCGUUUGAGAAGCGUCCGGCGAAGGGAUUAUACGAUUCCACGGAGGACGAGUACGACCCGCUGGCACCGGACUUCAAACGGCUGAGGCAGCAGCACCUGGAUGGCGAGCAGCGCAGUGAGAAGGAGGAGCGUGAGCGUCGCAAGGACAAGGAGAAGGUGAAGAAGCGGAAGGAGAACGACAUCCCGGACGCGCUGCUGCAGAACCAGGAGCCGGCCAAGAAGCGCUCCAAGCUGGUGCUGCCGUCGCCGCAGAUCACCGACCAGGAGCUGGAGCAGGUGGUUAAGGUCGGCAAGGCGUCGGAGGCGGUCCGUGAGCUGGCUGAGGAGGGCACGGACCGCGCCACGGACGCUCUGUUGUCUGACUACACGGCCACGCCGGCUGGUGGAGCGCUGCGCACCGCCCGGACGCCCAUGGCGCAGACGGACCGCGUGCUGCAGGAGGCGCAGAACAUCAUGGCUCUCACGCACACAGACACGCCUCUGAAGGGCGGUGUCAACGCGCCGCUGGUGGACGCCGAUUUCGGCGGCAUCACGCCCGCCAAGCCGGACGUCGCCACGCCCAACACAAUGCUGACCACGCCCUACCGCACGCCGCGAGACAACCCGGGUCAGACGCCCGGCGGGUUCAGCACCCCGGGCCUGUCGCGCGCCGGCCGUACUCCUCUGGCCACACCGCUGAGGGAUAAGCUGGCCAUCAACCCGGAGGAUGCGCUGGAGGCGGAGGCCGGCGGGAAACAUCUGCAGCUCCAGAUGAAGGAGCAGCUGCGUAUGGGCCUGUCGUCGCUGCCGGCGCCGCGGAACGACUUUGAGAUCGUGGUGCCGGACGACGAGCCGGCGCCGGAGGAGGCGUCGGCCGGCAGCCACGCCGACCUAGUGCCCGACCAGGCAGACGUCGAGGCGCGUCGUGAGCAGGACGAGCGGGAGAGGCGCGAGCGCGAGCUGCGCGCCCGCUCCCAGACGCUGCAGCGCGGCCUGCCGCGCGCCACUGAGGUGAACGCGUCUGUGCUGCGGCCGACCAACGUGGAGCCGCCGCUGUCGGAGCUGCAGAAGGCGGAGGAGUUGAUAAAACGUGAGAUGAUUGUGAUGCAGCGGUACGACGGCCUGCACGACCCGGUGCCGGGCACAUCUCAGCCGGCGCUGCAGCAGUACCAGUCCUACCUGGACACCCACCCGUACCAGCAGGUGCAGCCGCACGAGAUGCAACAGGCCAAGGAGAUUCUGCGCCGUGAGAUGGAGGUGGUGAAGCAGGGUAUGGGCCACGGAGACCUCACCAAGGAGGCCUACCGACAGGUCUGGCUUGAGUGUUUGUCACAGGUGCUGUUCCUUCCCAGCCAGAGCCGUUACACGCGUGCCAACCUGGCUAGCAAGAAAGACCGCAUCGAGUCUCUUGAAAAGCGACUCGAGCUGAACCGCACGCACAUGACCCGAGAGGCCAAACGGGCUGCCAAGCUGGAGAAGAAACUGAAAAUUCUCACAGGAGGGUACCAGUCCCGCAGCACUGCGCUCUCUAAGCAGCUACAGGACGCCACCGAACAACUGGACCAGGCGCGACUCGAAUUGGCCACCUUCUCGGCACUGAUGGAGCACGAGCAGGCCGCCAUCCCGCGACGACUGCAGUCGCUAUCGGAGGACGUCAGUCGACAGACGGAGCGGGAACAGCUGCUGCAGCGGCGCUACCAGCUGCUCAAACAGCGGCUCGAGGAGCUGCAGCCGGCAGCUGCCGCCGGACACGGCCAGGUCGACGGCUAAGGUGGGCCAGGGUGGGCUGUCGGCCGCGGCAGAGACACUGCAGGACUCGGAGUGGGCUGUGUAGGGUGUGAUGUCGGCCUGGGCCCAGUCAUACUGCGGCUAGCGGCUCCUGUGUGGUGUCAGUCCGGAUCGGCCAUACAGUGGCUAGUGGUUCUGAGUCCCGCCGACCAAGCGCUGAAGGCAGUGACAGGCGUCAGGCUCGGCGAGUCUCUAGACAGCCUCCGAGGCUCCGAGACUCCAGGAUCUUCAGACACUGAAGUCUGCAGAAGUUAAUGAUUCCCCGACAAUAACUGGGUGAGACGGAGCGCGCUGUGGACGGAUAGUGUGACGGGCGCCCAUCGCCGCUGCGAGUCCAGACUGAGGUGUGUCUGUAUGUGUGUGUGUGUAUUUAGAGGGACAGUGGUGCAGCGACGUGAGGCAGUGACUAGUGAAGUGAGGCAGCGCAUUGCGGUGUGGGACGGGAAUACUACACUGACGCUGGGGCUGGCUGAAGAUCGCGUUUGAGACGCAUCGGCCCACCGUUUGAGACGCAUCGGCCCAGCGUUCAGGGUAGCGUGGAAAAGUCUGCGUGUACUGAGGAUGACCCGGACGUGUGCCCUCUGCUCCGGAUUCGCUCUCCGUGAUCUGUAGUCGUCCCGAGUUUCACUAGACGGCGCUGGCUGCGCCUGUCUGAGCGUCUCUGGUGCUACUUUCCGGUCUCCCACCACUCACUAUCGGUCGCUCUUCGCCUGAAUACCGGCUGCUCCGCGUCGGGCACGGACCGUUUCUUUUUUAUAACAGAUUGUUGAUGUGAGUAGGUUGUAUCUUUUUAGGCAUUUUCUCAUUUGGAAAGGACAGAUUUGUUGGACCGUGGAUGUAAUAUCUGCAUUGAUUUAGCCAGGUUGUCAUCAUUUCUCAAUACAUCUUAAAUAACA